CAAAAUCGGCAUGAAUUGCGAAACUACUGUGAUUAUCAUCACUGUAAAAAAAAAAAUCAAAUCAUUAAGAUUGGCUUAUAUUCCUCACUAAUUUUGUUCUCACUGCUAUGAAAUUAGGGCUCAUCAUCCCUCAAAGUUACUUGCUUCCAUCGUCCUCUUUGUCUCCUUUUUCUUGUGUUCGAUUGUUUCCACCAAACCACAACAAUCUCAAUUCCUCAUUCCCAGCAAGACAACGCGCGUUUCCCGUUAUUUGCCGUAAGAGUGAGCUGUUGCAGAGUAACUUAAUGGAAUCUGGAGCAGAAACGUUAGUGGAAAGGAGAAACCUUUAUCCUCCAAUUGAGCCAUACAACACAGGAGUUCUAAAGGUUUCAGAUAUUCACACACUUUACUGGGAGCAAUCAGGAAAACCCGAUGGACACCCAGUUGUUUUUCUUCACGGAGGGCCAGGAGGAGGGACAGCUCCUAAUAACAGGAGAUUCUUUGAUCCUGAGUUUUAUCGGAUAAUUCUUUUUGACCAGAGAGGUGCGGGAAAGAGUACACCUCAUGCUUGCUUGGAGGAAAACACCACAUGGGACCUUGUGAAUGAUAUUGAAAAACUAAGAGAACAUUUGCAAAUUCCGGAAUGGCAGGUUUUUGGUGGAUCAUGGGGAAGCACUCUAGCACUUGCUUACAGCCAGUCUCACCCUGACAAGGUUACUGGUUUGGUCCUUAGAGGGAUCUUUCUGUUGCGGAAAAAGGAGAUUGAUUGGUUUUACGAGGGUGGUGCUGCUGCUAUAUACCCUGAUGGCUGGGAGGAGUUCAGAGAUCUCAUUCCAGAAAACGAGAGAAGUAGCCUUGUUGAUGCAUAUCACAGAAGGCUGAAUUCCGAUAAUUUGGAAACUCAAUAUGCAGCUGCAAGAGCUUGGACUAAAUGGGAAAUGAUGACGGCUCAUCUUCUUCCGAAUGAUGAAAAUAUUCAGAAGGCCGAAGAUGAUAAAUUUUCAUUGGCGUUUGCAAGGAUUGAAAAUCACUACUUUAUUAACAAGGGUUUCUUUUCCUCGGACUCAUACUUACUUGAUAAUGUUGAUAAAAUAAGACAUAUCAAGACCACCAUCGUUCAGGGAAGGUAUGACGUAUGCUGUCCGAUGAUGUCUGCUUGGGAAUUGCACAAAGCAUGGCCAGAGGCAGACCUCAAGAUUGUUGGUGAUGCUGGACACUCGGCUAAUGAGCCUGGAAUCGCAUCAGAACUCGUGGCUGCCAAUGAAAAGAUGAAAGCGUUUGUUGGAUGAAAGUAUUUGAUCGAUCAAACAUAGUUGCUCGCUUUGUUCAUGCCUUGGGGACUAAUGUUCACAUUUUUAAGUUUGUUGUUGCACAUGAGCAUUUCACAAAGUUAUUAACGCGAACCAAUGGUUGCUUUUAUAGACGUUUAUACCCAUACAAGGUGUAAAACAUUAUA